CCCGCAGUCAGCACCGAGCACACACCGCCACGGGCAACGGGAUGGGCCGCGGGAGCUGAGCCGGAGGAUGAGCCAGGCGGGCAGCCCGGGGAGAGCGUACGACUACCUGCUGAAGUUCCUGCUGGUGGGAGACAGCGACGUGGGCAAGGGCGAGAUCCUGGCCAGCCUGCAGGACGGAGCCGCAGAGUCGCCCUACGGCUACAACAUGGGUAUAGAUUACAAGACUACAACGAUCCUCCUGGAUGGUCGACGAAUCAAGCUGCAGCUCUGGGAUACAUCAGGGCAAGGGAGAUUCUGCACCAUAUUUCGGUCAUAUUCCAGAGGUGCUCAGGGAGUAAUACUGGUGUACGACAUUACCAACCGUUGGUCAUUUGAUGGAAUCGAUCGAUGGAUAAAAGAAAUAGACGAGCACGCUCCUGGUGUACCAAAAAUCCUGGUUGGAAACCGCCUUCAUUUAGCCUUCAAGCGCCAAGUCUCUACUGAACAAGCACAAACCUACGCCGAGCGGCUGGGCAUGACUUUUUUUGAAGUCAGUCCUCUUUGUAAUUUCAAUAUUACGGAGUCCUUCACUGAGCUAGCAAGAAUAGUAUUGAUGAGGCAUGGAAUGGACAGGCUCUGGAGGCCAAACAAGGUACUGAGCCUGCAAGACCUUUGUUGCCGUGCCAUAGUCUCCUGUACCCCGGUGCAUCUUGUUGACAAGCUCCCUCUCCCAGUUGCCUUAAGAAGCCAUCUCAAAUCUUUCUCCAUGGCCAACGGUCUUAAUGCCAGGAUGAUGCACGGACGCUCGUAUUCGCUCACAUCCCCAAAAAACUGUACAAGAAACAGCUGUAAAAUUUCUUAAGCUCUGUGAGAAAAGGAACCUGGUUGGAAGCCCCUCAUGUGAAGCACUGAAUGUGAGGACUCCUUUUAAUAGAGCAUAUUCUGUGUAGGUAUCACACUACAUAGACAACAAUAAGAAAGACAAGUCCUGUUUUGGAGCUUGCUCACUACAGUAAUGCUGCUUUGGGAAGAGUGACUUGUUCAGUGCAGCUGAAAGGCUGUGACGUUUUGCUGUUGGACUUGCAUACUUCAUUUCAGUUUCUGACAUGCAUGAUGCCAUUGUUUUCACUACUUGAUGUAUUUUCCUAUGGGGAAUAAUUAUCAGUAUAUUGAGUUCUUAAUUCCAUUAAAUCUGGAAUGUGGCUUACUGUGUGAUUGGUGAAACAAAAAUCCUGGCUUUUUGCAAACUAUUAAAAGUGUGAGUCAUUGGUUUACGUAUUCGGGCAGUUUUUCAAUGCAAUGUAUUGUAUACAUUGGGAAUCCUACACAUGGUGCAACCAAUUCCAGUCAUGCUGCCGUUCUGUAUUUGGGAUAUUUGCUAAAGCUUCUUUGAUGACUUCAAAGCACUAACUUAACUAAGCUAAAAACGUGUAUAUAAUUAUGGUGCACAUACGCAACAAGGUUUUGCCUCAUUAGUAUAUGUAAUAGAUUUGAUAAAGUUUUUUGGUAUGUUAUUUAAUACUGUGGGGAAUUAAUUUGUGGUUUAAAUACUUAUUUUUCUGUAAAGAAUAUAUAUAUAUAUAUAUUACAUUUUGUACCACUCUACAGGAAAGUUGAGAAGGAAAAUGCCAAAGAUACUGUGGUUAAGGGAACAUGACUUGAAAAGCUGCUUUAUAAGAAAAAAAAAGCACUAUUAAAAAAACUAAAUAAAUGCUUCUGGAAAAUAAA